CUUCAGUUUUGUAUGGUGUAACAUGUGUUGGAUAAUUCCAGAAGAAGCGUCGCACUUCUUUAGCCUCUCUGCUCACGUUACCUGCCGGUAGUGGGACUGCGCCUCGUUAGCCGAGCUGUCAAAAAUGUUGAGCGUUGCCAGAAACGUUUCAAGGACUCUGGCGACAAGAAAUUGCGCACGCAAUGUGUCUUCUCUGCUAACCAAGGCUCACAGGAAUGGCCCCCAAUCUGAUGCUCUCCGAGCCCUGUCCAGAAGAGACUAUGCGUCCGAAGCCAUCAAGGGGGCAGUCAUUGGAAUUGACCUGGGAACCACAAACUCUUGUGUUGCCGUCAUGGAGGGUAAACAAGCAAAGGUGCUGGAGAAUGCCGAGGGAGCCAGGACAACUCCUUCUGUCAUUGCUUUCACCGCAGAGGGCGAACGCCUGGUUGGCAUGCCUGCUAAACGCCAGGCUGUCACCAAUCCUCAAAAUACAUUGUACGCCACAAAGAGACUCAUUGGCCGCCGCUUUGAUGACGCCGAAGUCCAGAAAGACUUGAAGAAUGUGCCCUACAAGAUUGUGCGUGCUUCUAAUGGGGAUGCUUGGGUGGAGGCUCAAGGAAAAAUGUACUCACCCAGCCAGGCUGGGGCCUUCGUCCUGAUGAAGAUGAAGGAGACUGCCGAGAACUACUUGGGAACUAAAGUAAAGAAUGCUGUCAUCACAGUACCAGCUUACUUCAAUGACUCUCAGAGACAGGCUACCAAAGAUGCUGGUCAGAUUGCUGGCUUGAAUGUCCUGCGUGUGAUCAAUGAGCCUACAGCGGCAGCGCUGGCCUAUGGCUUGGACAAAACCCAGGACAAGAUUAUUGCCGUGUACGAUCUCGGUGGAGGUACAUUUGAUAUCUCCAUCUUAGAGAUACAGAAGGGAGUUUUUGAGGUGAAGUCCACCAACGGCGACACCAUCCUUGGAGGCGAGGACUUUGACCUGCCACUACUCAAACACAUUGUCAAGGAAUUUAAGAGAGAGUCUGGUGUGGAUCUGAUGAAAGACAGCAUGGCCCUCCAAAGAGUCCGAGAGGCUGCCGAGAAGGCCAAGUGUGAGCUGUCGUCUUCGCUGCAGACCGACAUCAAUCUCCCCUACCUGACCAUGGAUGCGUCCGGCCCCAAACAUCUCAACAUGAAGGUGACCCGUGCUCAGUUCGAAGGCCUCGUGGUCGACUUGAUCCGUCGCACGAUGGCUCCCUGUCAGAAGGCCAUGCAAGACGCAGAGGUGUCCAAGGGUGACAUUGGAGAGGUGCUUCUGGUUGGAGGCAUGUCACGUAUGCCCAAGGUACAGCAAACUGUCCAGGACUUGUUUGGCCGUGCGCCCAGCAAAUCUGUCAACCCGGACGAGGCUGUUGCCAUAGGAGCAGCCAUCCAAGGUGGCGUCCUAGCAGGAGAUGUGACGGAUGUGCUGCUUUUGGAUGUGACACCACUGUCACUGGGAAUUGAGACUCUGGGUGGGGUUUUCACCAAACUUAUUAACCGGAACACAACCAUUCCCACCAAGAAGAGCCAGGUUUUCUCCACAGCAGCAGACGGACAGACUCAAGUGGAGAUCAAAGUGUGUCAGGGUGAGAGGGAGAUGGCGGCAGACAACAAGGUGCUAGGUCAGUUUACUUUGGUGGGACUCCCCCCCGCGCCCCGUGGUGUUCCCCAAAUUGAAGUCACCUUUGACAUUGAUGCCAAUGGUAUCGUCCACGUGUCAGCCAAGGACAAAGGGACAGGCCGGGAACAACAGAUUGUUAUCCAGUCAUCAGGAGGUCUUAGUAAAGAUGACAUUGAGAACAUGGUCAAGAACGCUGAGAAGUAUGCAGAGGAAGACAGGAGGAGAAAGGAGCGUGUGGAGGCUGUAAAUAUGGCUGAGGGCAUUGUUCAUGAUACAGAGUCAAAGAUGGAGGAAUUCAAGGACCAGCUUCCUGCUGAUGAGUGUGCCAAGCUGAAGGAAGAGAUCACGAAGGUCCGAGAUCUUCUGACCAACAAGGAUUCAGAAACGGGAGAGAACAUCAAGCAGGCAGCAAGCAACCUUCAACAGGCGUCACUCAAGCUCUUUGAAAUGGCCUACAAGAAGAUGGCGUCAGAGCGCGACAGCAGCUCCGGCUCCAGCUCCAGCUCAGAGAGCGAGAAGAAAGAGGGCCAGCAGUAGACUGUUGCACUGGGUUUUUGUUGUCAGUUUGACAACAGGACUGGAGGGGAUGGAAAGGCUGUUGUGAAGCAGGAUUAUGUAUGGAUGUAUGGAUGCAUGUAUGCGUUUUGAUGUGGAUAUAUGCAGGCAUUGAACUGAAAUUUGGGUAGGUGGGUCACAAUUAUGUUGCCGUCUUUUGUAAUAAAAAAAAAAUAAAUAAAAAAAAACAGGCCUGGGACUGAUUUAACCAAGUGUAGUUUGUAACUGUGAUGGGACAAAUACUACUAUACUGAGUCAUUUUCUCGAAACUGAUACACUCAACACUUUCAGAGUAUGUGGAAAAAAAGAUGAGCCUUCUGUUGCAGUAUCUCCUUGAUCUGUGGCGAUGGAUCCCGCUGUUGCUGUCCAGCAGAGGGGAAACAUUUGUCUGCAUUUUAAGAGACCCUCACAUUCAUUCAUCCAUAAUGUUUAAAAUGAUUUUGUUUUUGUUUUUAUUCAUUUAUCUAAUUGGUUAAUUGAUUGUAAAUAAAAUAUGAAACAUUUUCUUAUUAGAAUAAACUUCUUGAUACAACUAUUUCUUUUUACCUCAUCUACAAAUGAUUUGGCCCAUCUGUCCAUUUAAUAAAAUAAAAAUAAAAAAACAUGUCCCUCUAUCACAAAAGAAUUGGCUCACUCACAGUCUUAAUUAUAUUGAGACAGAUCGACAGAUACAUUUUUGGUUCCAAAUGUGAUGUGGAUGGGAUGCAACCCAUCGCUACUCCAGGAGAGAAUGUCUCUGUAGCUGAGUCGAAAUCUUUUUUGUAGACCCACAUUUUAGUCUACAAAUCAACUACACACACGUAAAUAAAACUCUGCUAAAGAUG